AUGCAUAACCAGUGGCAAAAUCAGUCCAGACCAGAUUCAAGAUCCCAGUGCAAGAUCUCUGCCCAAAACAGAUUAGAAGAACACGAAAGAGCCAAGGAACAACUGAGAGGUGAAAUCGCUGGUGUACAGUUUAGUCAAGGCACACUAUGGAAUAUUUGGAAAAGAAUUUACACCAACAUCAUAGAUAUUAAUGCAGGAACGGUAUUUGGCGUGCUGUGUGAAGCUCAGUAUUUUCAGAAUGUCAUGCGUGUUGGCUACAGGCUAAGAGCAACUCUGCUAUACCGCUGGCAGCUCUUUUGGUUUUCUCUUAGGGUUGAGCUAGUCAAUUUGGGUCACCUCUCUUGCUGGAUCCAUAUGGUCAGCCCUAGCAGUGUUCUGCUGGGGCAGAUUGCUGCAGUAUUCCGCAAGUCUCUAAGGCUAACUCAUGAGAGUCGCAAAAAGUUCGCUUCUGGAAAAAUAACCAACUUGAUGACAACAGAUGCAGAAGCACUCCAGCAAAUAUGUCAAUCACUUCACACUUUGUGGUCAGCUCCUUUUCGUAUCAUAAUCGCAAUGGUUCUUCUUUACCAGCAACUGGGUGUUGCUUCACUUCUUGGUGCACUGAUGCUAGUUCUUAUGUUCCCGAUACAGACGUACGUGAUAAGCAAAAUGCAGAAAUUGUCAAAGGAAGGGUUACAACGCACGGACAAGAGAAUUGGACUUAUGAAUGAAAUUUUGGCUGCCAUGGAUACUGUGAAAUGUUAUGCAUGGGAGGGAAGUUUUCAAUCAAAAGUUCAGAGUGUUCGAAAUGAGGAGCUGUCUUGGUUUCGGAGCGCGCAAAUACUUGGAUCGUUUAACAGUUUUAUUCUAAACAGUAUUCCAGUUGUGGUGACUGUAAUUUCGUUUGGAAUAUUCAGUCUACUUGGAGGGGAUCUGACACCUGCCAGGGCAUUUACAUCGCUUUCUUUGUUUGCUGUGCUACGUUUUCCGUUGUUCAUGCUGCCUAAUAUAAUAACUCAGGUCGUAAAUGCAAACGUAUCUCUAAAACGUCUGGAGGAACUUCUCUUGGCUGAAGCGAGAAUUCUACUUCCUAACCCACCUCUUGAACCAGGAAUUCCAGCGAUCUCAAUCAGGAAUGGAUACUUUUCUUGGGAAUCGAAGGCAGAUAAGCCAACAUUGUCAAAUAUCAAUUUGGAUAUACCAAUUGGGAGUUUAGUAGCAGUUGUUGGCAGUACUGGAGAAGGAAAGACAUCUCUUGUAUCAGCAAUGCUUGGAGAGCUUCCUGCAGUUGCUGAUGCAAGUGUUGUUAUCAGAGGAACAGUUGCCUAUGUCCCACAAGUUUCAUGGAUUUUCAAUGCAACGGUCCGUGAGAACAUAUUGUUUGGAUCUGUGUUUGAAGCUGCAAGGUAUGACAAGGCAAUAGAUGUGACUUCAUUGCAGCAUGACCUUGAUUUGCUUUCUGGCGGUGACCUUACUGAGAUUGGUGAAAGAGGGGUUAAUAUUAGUGGAGGACAAAAGCAAAGAGUUUCCAUGGCUAGGGCUGUGUACUCCAAUUCAGAUGUUUACAUAUUUGAUGACCCUUUAAGUGCUCUAGAUGCGCAUGUGGGUCGACAGGUUUUUGAAAAAUGCAUCAAGGCAGAGCUAAGAGGAAAAACCAGAGUUUUAGUCACAAAUCAGCUGCAUUUUCUUUCACAAGUAGACAGAAUUAUACUGGUGAAUGAUGGCAUGGUGAAGGAGGAGGGGACUUUUGAAUACCUUUCUAAUCAUGGAGUGCUGUUCCAAAAACUAAUGGAAAAUGCCGGGAAAAUGGAAGAAUAUGUGGAAGAAAAUGAAGAUGUUGAAAGCAUUGCUAAUAAAACUUCCGAAUCUCUUCCUAAUGGCGACACCAAUGGGUUGCCUAAAGAUGCAAGUCACACUAAUAAAAGAAAAGAAGGCAAAUCUAUUCUUAUUAAGCAGGAAGAACGGGAAACAGGUGUUGUCAGUUGGAAUGUUUUGAUGAGAUAUAAGAAUGCAUUGGGAGGCACAUGGGUAGUAAUGAUACUCUUUUCGUGCUAUGUUCUAACUGAAAUUCUCCGAAUUUUAAGUAGCACAUGGUUAAGUGCUUGGACAGAUACAAGCAGUCAAAAGAGAUAUGAGCCUGGUUUCUACAAUCUGAUAUAUUCACUCCUAUCAUUUGGUCAAGUUUUGGUGACAUUGGUAAAUUCAUUUUGGUUGGUUACAUCUAGCCUCUAUGCGGCCAGAAGGUUGCAUGAAGCUAUGCUUCACUCUAUAUUAAGAGCUCCGAUGGUCUUCUUCCACACCAAUCCUCUUGGACGGAUUAUCAAUAGGUUUGCGAAGGAUUUAGGUGACAUAGAUCGAAAUGUUGCCCCUUUUGCGAAUAUGUUUCUCAGCCAGGUGUCGCAGCUGAUUUCAACUUUUGUGCUGAUUGGAGUUGUGAGCACGAUGUCCCUGUGGGCUAUUAUGCCACUUCUGGUUUUGUUCUAUGGAGCGUAUCUAUAUUAUCAGAGCACAGCCCGUGAAGUGAAGCGCUUAGAUUCCAUUACCAGGUCUCCUGUGUAUGCACAAUUCAGCGAAGCCUUGAACGGCCUUUCAACCAUACGUGCAUACAAAGCAUAUGAUCGAAUGGCCAACAUUAAUGGGAAAUCGAUGGACACCAAUGUCAGGUUCACUCUUGUGAACAUGAGUGGCAACCGCUGGCUUGCUAUUCGUUUGGAGACAUUGGGGGGCCUUAUGAUUUGGCUUACUGCAACCUUUGCAGUCAUGCAGAAUGGAAGGGCAGAGAACCAGGAGGCAUUUGCCUCUACAAUGGGUCUGCUUCUUAGUUAUGCAUUAAAUAUUACAAGCUUAUUGACUGGUGUACUGAGGCUUGCAAGUCUGGCUGAAAAUAGUUUGAAUGCUGUUGAGCGGGUUGGCACAUAUAUAGAGUUACCUUCAGAGGGUCCAGCUAUUAUUGAGACUAACCGUCCUCCUCCCGGAUGGCCUUCAUCAGGAUCUAUCAGGUUUGAAGAUGUUGUCCUCCGUUAUAGGCCUGAACUUCCUCCCGUACUGCAUGGUUUAUCCUUUACUGUUAGUCCAAGUGACAAGGUCGGAAUUGUUGGAAGAACGGGAGCAGGGAAAUCUAGCAUGUUGAAUGCAUUAUUUCGGAUUGUAGAACUGGAAAGAGGAAGGAUCUUAAUUGAUGACUAUGAUAUUGCAAAAUUUGGAUUGACAGAUCUUCGAAAAGUUCUUGGUAUUAUACCACAAGCACCAGUUCUUUUCUCAGCCCAGUGA